GACAUUCGUUGACUCCAUCGGAGACUCGAAGGUCUAGAGAACUGGAGACAACUCAAAGAACGAGUAAAACUACUCAAAAUCGUACCCCGGCUCCAAUGGAAUCAACUAAUCCUGUGCUUUUCUUCAUCGUCUGCUUCCUUCUCAAUCUCAAUUUGGCAUUCUCCGAUCCUUCAAAUGUACCUAUCGGAAUCCACCCUCUAGAUGAGAAGUACUUUGCUUCGGAGGUCAUCAAAUGCAAAGAUGGAUCCAAUUCUUUCACUAGAGAUCGUAUCAACGACGAAUUUUGCGACUGCGUUGAUGGUACCGAUGAACCAGGAACAUCAGCUUGCCCUGCUGCCAAAUUCUAUUGCAGGAAUUCAGGAAGCACUCCUAAAUUUUUAUUCUCUUCUCGUGUAAACGACCAAAUUUGUGACUGUUGUGAUGGAAGCGAUGAAUAUGAUAGCAGCAUCAUCUGUCCUAAUACAUGUAUCAUGGGUGGACAUUCCGAAUACAAGACCAUAAAUUACAAUUCCAGAAUCAAUAAAUUUGGUUCUCAUUCUCCUCACACUAAACAGAAAAAAGUUAGCCAAAUCGGUGAAGACACAAUCCAAAAACUCCAAGGUAUGAAGGCGAUGAUAAUAGUCCAAGUGAUUCUCAUCGGUUUUCUAGUCUUCCUUUGUCUGUGUCGUCAACGUGCCAAAUCUAGAAGGAGAAAUUCUCGUUAAUCAACUUAUUACUUCACUUAUUUGAUUUUUUUUUGUAAGUUGUAAGUUGUAACAUCUCAUUUGAUUUUUAUAUUUAUAAACCUUAAAAAGUAAAGUAUAUACACAGUUAAGCAUUCACUCCA